AUGAUGGCUGAGCGGUUGGACAACUUCCCAUUUCUGGACUACGCGGCAAAAUACUGGGGAGCUGACCUCCAAGAGUCUCAAGUCGAGGAUUUCUGGGGAUAUGUCAACCGCUUUUUGUCAAACAAAGCUGCCAUCAACGUAGCAAGUCAGGUCUGGAGCCUCCCUCGUUACAGAUACGCAUAUUGGAGCAACGAGUUCCCGAAAUAUGUCCCUGCGAUAGUCCUCGCGGCUUCAUCCAAAAUACCCAUCGUAUUAGAAAGACUCGUGGGGCAAGGAGAAGGCGUAGAAGGCUGUGGCAGCGACAGGGAAACCGCGCUCAUCAAGUCAGCUCGCCUCGGGCACGAGGAGAACAUCAAGGCACUGAUACGGCUCGGGGCUGACGUCGCUGCUACUGAUAUAGCCGGCGAAACCGCAAUCGUUGUUGCAACUCUCGCUGGCAAGUCAUCUGCAGUAAAAGCCUUGAUCGAUGGAGGUGCCAACGUAAACACGGUCACGGGCACGGCAGGCUGGUCUCUCCUUAUAACUAGAAGAGGCACCAACUACUGGGAUGGCGGAGUUCGGAAGUAG